AUGGACCACGACUCGGUCGAGCGUCAACCGUCCAAUGCUGAGGCAAUGGCGAGCCAGCAACGCAAGAGCGUGGCCAACAGGGGCUUGACCGGCGCCUCGGCUCUUACUGUCAGACAAUCUAUCUUCCCUAUCACUCUAGUCACCAUCCUCUUCUUCCUGUGGGGCUUCGCAUAUGGCCUCCUCGAUGUGCUGAACGCCAAGUUCCAAACAUCACUCAACAUCACUGCUGCUAAGGCAGGUGGUCUUCAAGGAGCAUAUUUCGGAGCGUAUUUCAUUGGACCUCUGACAUAUUCUGGCUGGAUUGUCCGCAGAUUUGGCUAUCGCUGGACCUUCAUCACCGGUCUAUGCAUCUAUGGCGUCGGCGCCCUGAUGUUUUGGCCCUCGGCAGUGUACAAAUCCUUUGGCGGCUUCUGUGGUUCUCUGUUCAUCGUAGGGUCUGGCCUUUCUACGCUGGAGACAUCUGCCAACCCCUUCAUCGCGACUUGCGGACCCCCAAGAUUGUCCGAGUUCCGUCUUGAGCUCUCACAGUCUUUCCAGGCUGUCGGGUCUGUUGUGGCACCUCUUCUGGCUUCUCGUGUUUUCUUCAAGGAUACACAUGCGACCGACCUAUCACACGUCCAAUGGACUUACGUAGGCAUUGCAGCCUUCGUCUUCUGUCUUGCAGUCGUCUUCUUCUUCAGCCCUCUCCCGGAGGUCACAGAUGCCGACAUGGCUCUUCAGGCGGAGCAAUGCUCUGACUUGACUGGAUACCAAGAGAAGCCACUCUCGAAGCAAUACAAGCUGUUCUUCGGGGUCGCUGCACAAUUUACAUACGUUGGCGCCCAAGUCGCAGUUGCUUCCCAGUUCAUCAGAUACUCUCAGGAAUCUGCUGGACUCUCCGAGGCUGCGGCUUCUGACCGCUAUGCCAUCGGUCAAUCACUGUUCGCCAUUGGUCGAUUUGCUGCGGCGGGAUUGUUCAUGUUCGUCAAGCCACGUCUGAUUCUCAUGCUGUUCAUGACCAUGAUCAUGGUUUUCAUUUCAUUGGCGAUAGGUAUCUCAGGAGAAGCGGGUGUUGCAUUCCUCUCCUUGGUGCUCUUCUUUGAGUCCUGCAUCUUCCCGACCAUCUUUACUCUCUCCAUCCGUGGAUUGGGACGACACACCAAGAGAGGAUCAUCCUGGAUUGUGGCGAGCGUCUCGGGCGGUGCCUUGUUCCCCGCUCUCACAGGUCUUGCGGCUGACCACAUGACCUAUCACAAGGCCAUGUGCGUGCCGUUGGCCGGGUUUUUUGUUAGCUUCAUCUUCCCCAUCUACUUGAAUACGGUCUGCAAGAAAGAGUUGGACGGAUUCCGUGAGACCAAGAUUGGCUACGUCGACGAGGGACGGGGAACCAUCAUCGGAGACAUCAAUGAUAUUGAGACAUUUGAAGCGAUGGAGAAGAGACGUUCAGUCAAUGUCGAGAAGGUGUGA